UUAUAUCUAUUUCUCUUUGCCUGCAGUAGACUGCGUUUGUCUUGCACUAAAUGAAUGUUUUCUCUUCGCCAUCCUUUUUAACUGCUUUGCAUGACUGAGCUGUGAAUUGUUUGAGUCAAAUUUCUGGUGCCUUCUAGAACUGGAAGCCAUAUUUUGUAGAUCAAAUUGUGAUGACAAAAGUCUCUGAAUUUUUAUAAGAGGUUUCAUAUCUCUUAGUUGGUGAUGAUUUAUAACAAGAUCUAUCGUGUAUGAAAACAUUUUUAUGAAAACCAUUUUGGUGGAAAUGAAAAAUAAUACCUCAAGAUUUGUUAAUGGAAGCAAUAUAUAUAAAUAUAAUAGAAGAAACAUUUUUAUUGGACUCAGGAAAAAUUAACCAGGUUUCAAUUGCUGUAUGUGCUUAUUGAACUAUCUUAAAUAUAAAUCUGUUCAUGAAGGCCGUUCAGAGCUCAGUAAUUUGGGCAUAAUAUUAAAAGAUGCCCAGCCUACAGAGUCUGAGAAGGAAAUUUAUAAUCAGGUGAAUGUAGUCUUAAAAGAUGCAGAAGGCAUCUUGGAGGACUUGCAGUCAUACAGAGGAGCUGGACAUGAAAUACGCGAGGCAAUCCAGCAUCCAGCAGACGAGAAGUUGCAAGAGAAGGCGUGGGGAGCAGUUGUUCCACUAGUAGGAAAAUUAAAGAAAUUCUAUGAAUUUUCUCAGAGGUUAGAAGCAGCAUUGCGAGGUCUUCUAGGCGCCUUGACCAGCACCCCUUACUCUCCCACCCAGCAUUUAGAGCGAGAGCAGGCUCUGGCUAAACAAUUUGCAGAAAUUCUUCAUUUCACGCUGCGGUUUGAUGAACUCAAGAUGACAAAUCCUGCAAUACAGAAUGAUUUCAGCUACUACAGAAGAACAUUGAGUCGCAUGAGGAUUAAUAAUGUUCCAGCAGAAGGAGAGAAUGAAGUAAACAAUGAACUGGCAAAUCGAAUGUCUUUGUUUUAUGCAGAGGCAACCCCGAUGCUGAAAACCUUAAGUGAUGCCACAACAAAAUUUGUCUCAGAGAAUAAAAACUUACCAAUAGAAAACACCACAGAUUGUCUAAGCACCAUGGCUAGUGUGUGCAGAGUCAUGCUGGAAACGCCGGAAUACAGAAGCAGGUUUACAAAUGAAGAGACAGUGUCCUUCUGCUUGAGAGUAAUGGUGGGCGUCAUCAUACUGUAUGACCACGUGCAUCCAGUGGGAGCAUUUGCCAAAACCUCCAAGAUUGAUAUGAAAGGUUGUAUCAAAGUUCUUAAGGACCAGCCUCCCAACAGUGUAGAAGGUCUUCUAAAUGCUCUCAGGUACACAACAAAACAUUUGAAUGAUGAGACUACCUCCAAGCAAAUUAAAUCCAUGCUGCACUAACAGCUGUGGCCCGAGCACCUGCUGUGGCCGGGAGGCAGCGCUCUGCAGUGACUGAGAUGCACAGCUUUUUAGUGAUUGCAGUUACGAUCUCAUUUACUCUCGCUUUUAUUUCCUCUGUUCCUCCUCCCUCUUUUUUAAUCAUGUUCUUGUUCUGAAGACUUCUUUUCUGUGCCAAAAUCAGUAAUGUUACACUCUGAAAGGAUAUUGUCCUUUCAGACAGGCCAUCUGAGGCAGCUAAUUAUGCAUUGCAUUGGGGGGUCUCUACUGAGAAAAAAUUCUGUGACUUGAACUAAAUAUUUUUAAAUGUGGAUUUUUUUUGAAAACUAAUAUUUAAUAUUGCUUCUCCUGCAUGGCAAAACUGCCUAUUCUGCUAUUUAAAAGCCCUCAACAACUUUAUUUUCUACUGCCGCUUUUUCAUGUGCAGCCAAAAUGAAAAUGUUUAAAUUAAUUGUGUUGUACAAAUGGUACCCAACACAAACUUUUUUUAAAUUAGUAAGACUUUUGUUGAAAGUGUUAAGUUUGCAUUUUGACUUUUUUUGUAAGGAUGUAUGUUGUGUGUUUAACCUUUAUUAACUAACGUUAAAAACUGUGAUGUGUGCGUAGAUUAUUACGUAUGCAUGUUCAUGUUUAAGGAAUGGCUGUUGAUGAUAAAUAAAAAUCAGCUUUCAUUUUUCUAA